GCCCACACACAGCAAGUGAUACCUCAAUCAUAGUGAGGAAGAUCGUGAAGAAAGACAUUCAACAAGAAGGAGAUUCAGCAUUACAGAAAGGAGAGAAAGAGAUCCAGGUUCAGAUCUUGAUAAUACUCUGCGACAGAAAGGAUACAAGGGUUAGAGAUCUGAACGGAAGGAGACAUAUUAUUCCGCUGCACCCAAUGUAAGGUUUCUCAUACUUUAUAUGUGUUUAAUUUUAUAAUCGUUUUAGAAGUUCAUAUUUAGGGUGUUAAUCAACAUACUUGUGAGUAGAUCUAAGAUCCUGAUAAAAUAAUUUCCAACAAGCAUGGGAUUAUAAUGAAAAAUAAGAAGGCAGAGAAGGGAGGCCAGUAUGAUGGUUGGUAUAGGGCUUUGGGAUGUCCAUGGGUUUUUACUGUUUGGUUUUAUGAAUGUUGUCCUGCUAUGGUCAACUCUUUCUGUAAAAGAGUUUCAUCUACGAUUCCAAGGAUUCUGAAUUGGAGCAACACCAUUGUGACCAAAAAUCCAACUCUUCGAGACUUGAAGGGCAAGAUUUUUGAUUUGCCGUUGAACAAGUUAAAGAUCAAAAACAUGUGUCCUACUGAUGAAGAGAGGCAGAAGCUUCAACUUGAAGGUUUAUUUCUUGAUGAGUCUAUUGAUGACCGUGGUAUAUCAAAGCAAACAUUUGAGAGUGGGUCAUCUUCAAAGAAAUCUGAUUCAGAGGAUAUUGAUUUGAUGAAAUCUAAGUUGGAGAUGGUCAUUUCGAAUCAAGCAUCAUUGGCUGAAGACUUCAUAUCCUUGAGGUGUUUUGUUGAUCUUAAUUUCAAGUCUGUAAUGGCUGUAAUUAAGGAUAUUCAGGAGAAGGUUAAUGCCAUUCAUCGUCGUCCUUCUGAUGAGGUAUUUAUUCAUAGUUUAUUGUUUCUGUUUUUUCAUACUUUGUUUUUAGUUUCUUUACUGUUUCAUUUAAGUUGCAUUUGUGUUGUUUGAAUCAGGGAAAGUCAUCUGAUGAAUUAGUAACUCAAGAUUCUGAUGAUGAUGAUGAUGCUGAGGAUGAUGAGAAGGAACUGCCUAAUCCUGAAAAUAUUGAUUCCGACUCCGAUGAUGGUGAUGAGUUGGUUAAAGAUGGUGGUGAUGUUGAUGAUGCUGAUAAGGUUGUUAAUGAUGUUCCUCCUUCUGAUGUGAAUCCAUUUGAGGUUGUUGGAGGCAGUGAUGAGAAGGCUAAGGAUGUUGAGAAGCCAAAGGGCAAUGAGUCUGGAUUAAAGGGGGACGAUUUUUUUGAUGGGUUAAGCCAGCUUGAAAUAGAUGAUGAUCAAGUUGUGUUGGCUGGCUUGGAGGCUGUUGGUAAAAUCCAUGUAAGUGCAUCUUGAUUUGUUUGCAAGAAAAUUAUGUUUCAUUUUGGUUGCUUAAUAGUUUUCUGUUUGUUUUGCAACUGAUUAAUUCCAGUCUUUGUUUUUUUAGGUUCCCCAACCCAAUCCAGAUGUUGUUGGUGAAAAGUCAGCUGCCCUUCAUACUGAUGAAGAAACUGAGGACACUGUAUUUGAUACACCUCUGUUGGAUAAGAGGAAGCGUGCUCCGGCCUUGAAAUCUACUUUUGUUGAUUUCGGGUCGGCUGAUGUGGGGAGCACUCCAAUGGAGUUAAUGUCCUCAGGUUCUCAAUCAGUUGGGGAUGAUAGGGAUUUUAAAUUGGUUACUUAUGUGAAGGGCCUUUAUGCUCUUAAUGAUUCAUUUGCUGAGCCCGUAUCUCCUGAGAUUGAGGCAAAGUUUGACGCGUGGAUUGGUCAAGGCUUGCUUAAACAUCCUAGGUGACUAUUUUUAUUAAAUCUGUAUUUGUAUUCUGUUUUAUUUUUCAGUUUUAUUCUGGUUUUAAUAUUGUUUUUUUGUUGUUUGUUUGUUCUUUUAGGCAUUACAAUUGUUAUGUUGAUGGUGCGAAGAAAUUUUCCCCGAGUUUUAGGUUAGGUGUUGAUUAUGUGGAGGAUAAAACAUGGUUUUAUCAUUUGGCUACCUACGACAUGUUUAUAAAUGACUCGGUAAAGUUUCCAUUUUCCAUUAUAGUUUAUGAUAGUUGGUUUUCAGUUGUUUUUAAUUGUUUUUAAGUUUAGAUACUGUAUUAAAGUUUUUAAACAGUUGUUCAACCUUUUGAUUUGUGUUUCUGUGAUGUUUUUGUUUCAGCAUAUGAACACCAUAUUCUAUUACCUUAGGAAAAAAGGUAAAUAUUCUUCCGAUGUGACAUUGAAUUUUGCGACAACUGAUUGUCUCUUUGAUGAUUCCAUCCAAGCUUUGUACAACAAAUUUAACAAAGCCAAGUCAAUGAAGACUAAGAUGUUGCACAUUCACGCUGCCCACCCAAUAGCUCAUUACAUUCGAGGUUUGCGCAUUCCGUUUUCUAAGCCUUGGUAUGAAGCCGAUCAUGUGUUAUUCAUCAUCAAUCUAAGGAGGGAAAGUCAUUGGGUGUUUGGUCGUCUUGACUUGAAUGAAGGGAUUCUGUUUCUGUAUAAUUCUUUGAGGACUGCGAAAAUGAAUGCUGCAGCUAGGAAUGCCAUGAAGGCUUAUUCUGUGUUGCUCCCUUUGUUUUUUGAUCUCCUUGGUUUCUGGAAGAAUAGGUCACAUGCUCCUGCUUUACGUUCUGACCCUACAGGUCCUCUAAGAAUUGUGGAGAUUAGUGGUCUGCCGUCUCAGCAGAAAAAGUGAGUUGUUUCUUUUAAGUUUAUUUUAUGUUGUUUUUUAGUUGCUAAACUGUUUUUCCUUUUUCUGUUUUUAUAGAGAUUGCGGCGCAUAUGUGGCUGCAUUUGCCGAGUUCUUCAUUCAUGGAAAAGAUGUUCCUGCAGAUUUUGACAUCGAAGUUUAUCGUACUCGACUUGCUGCCCUUUUCUUCUCAUAUGGCCAAAGGAAAAUUGAUGAAAGUAUUGAUAGCGAGGAUGAGAAGCAAAGCAAGUCUUCUAAGGCUUCUAAAUUGAAAAGUAGGGUCUUUUCAUUUGGUGACUAUUUGGUGUUAUUGGUUGAAUCUAUUAUCAGACAAUAGUUAGUGUUAUUGGUUGAAUCUAGGUAUUAUAUUUAGUUUUAUACUCUAGAUCUGGUUUUAAACUUUUAGGAUAUUUGACAUUAAUCCUUAUAAUAUGUUUAUUCUAUAUGUUUGUAUCAGCAAAAGUUGUAUGUUUUUCUAAUUGUUCAAGUUUUUAUAUACAGUCGCACGACUAUAUAAAAACUAUUUUCCAACUAUAUACAAACAAUGUACUUGUAUUUUAAAAUUGACUAUCAAUGUAUUGUAUUCACUGUUUUUUCAUUGCUACUUUUUUCUUUAAUUACUUAUGUUUUAUCAAUUCUUAUCUGACUUUUUUUAAAACUUUAAUGAAGAAGUUAUUUUUGUACUAAUUAUUUAAGAAGUGUCAAAACUGUAACAAAACAAUUUUGCAACUAUUACCAAACUGUUUAAAAAUUUUAACAAAUAAAAUCCCAUGUGUAUAGAAUAUAACAUAUCAACCUGUUUGAAUUCUCACACAGAAUUAAACAAUUCAAAUAAUUCAUAUGUAUAUAUUUUAUUGCUUGAUUGUUGCAUGUCUUUCGGUUGUGCCCGUGUUGACCACAUUUGCUGCACCUGUUAUGUUUUUUUGUAUCCCAUUCAGAUAAAAACCUUCGUUUCCUUGGUCUUCCAGAUCUUAUUUUCUGGUUAGGUGGCAGAACAAUGAGAUCUUUUAUGUUUUGUGGUACAUCCCAUGUUGUGUGAUUGUGUACCGGAUAUGUUGAGCCGCUGUAUGUUUCAAGCCAUGUUCUUAUCGUGUAAUAACCUGAACAAUAGUUGUAAACAUUCAAGUUCAUCUCUUUUAUAACAGCAAGCGCAUGAGCACACGGUAACUCGUCAAGUUGGAAUCGAUUGCAACUGCAUGUUUUCUCAUUCAGGUUGAUGACCCAUGAUCUGGUUAGUUUUACAACUUCGAACAUGGUCUCGUUUAUUGGCUUUACCUACGAAUUAAGUAAAUUUAUAAAAUUGUUAUUAUAUAUAUAAAACGAAAAAUAAACUAUUAAGAAACCGUAAUGCAACUUAAAAAUUUAAGAGAUUUUACAUUUUCUGUCAUUGAGUCCACAAAGUUGUUAACUAAUUUCUUCUCUGGUGUAGGUGUUAAAAAUGUUGUUGUUUUCUGUGCCUUUUUCCUGUUUGUGUAUGUCCAUUGUUGUAUCAAAGCUCUCAAUGACUCCAUCAGUGUUGUGAUUGGUAGCUCUCUAGCUGCUAAGUUUGCUGCAUUUAGAGAUUCAGCAAUGUCUGAAGUCAUAGUUGAAUACCUGUUGUUUUUGCAGUGGUAUCUUGACCAUUUAUGGUAUCCAACUUGUUGUAAAUAUGGUCUGACAUGGAUGUCCAAGCUGACCAACUCGCUCAUAUGGUAUUCAAAUUUCCUCUCUAUGUAUGCUCUGGCAGCAGUGAAGAAUGGUUUAUCCAGCUUGCUUGCAUUCUUCUUGAAGGUUGCUUAACAGGUGGUAUACACAAUAGCAAUGCAUGAUUUCUGGAAAUACAUGAGCAGCUGCCUUAAUUAUGCUCUCAUGUCUAUCUGAGAUCAAGCAUUGUUCCUCUUUAAUCCCAUAUGUUUCUCUUACUUUUGUGAAAAACCAUUGCCAUGAGUUGUUGUUUUCUGAAUCCACAACAGAAAAAGCUAGUGGAAAAAUGUGCCCAUUUGCAUCUUGUGUACAAGCAGAGAGCAAUGUACCUCCAUAUGUUGAUUUAAGGAAAGUUCCGUCAACAACUAUUAUAGGUUUGCACUUCUUCCAUCCUUUUAUUGAAGCAUCCAGUGCGACAAACAAGUACUUGAAGCUGUUGUCUUCCUCUGUUUGCAUGUGCACUAUUGUUCCGGGAUUAGUUUUUUGCAACAUGUGCAAAAAACUUGGCAGCAGCUUGUAUGAUUCGUUGGAUUUUCCUCGUAAUUCUUCUUGCGCAUGCUCUUUGCUUCUCCAUGCUUUCAUGUAGUUCAUUCUCACCCCAUACUUGUGUUUCAUUUCUCCUCUGAUGUCUUGUGGCAUUUGAGUUGUUUUUAUGUUGGUAAACCGUGGCUUGAUGUAGUUUCCAAUCAAUUUCGUUGUAGCUUGUCUUUUGUCGGCAAAUCUUAUGUUUAGAUCACAAGUGUGUAUCACCUUGCUGUCAUACUUUCGAAUGAUGAAUGACUUUGUUGGCCCGUUUCUGGAUGCAGUUAGUGCCCAUUUGCAUUUUGGAUCCAAACAACAAAUUUUGUAUGUUCUUGCACAUGAUUUUUUCACUCUGAAUUGGAAGUUGUUCCUAAUUGCAUAGAAACCAAGCACACUCUGGAGUGUUUCUUUGUCUUUGUAUAUUUAUGCUUCUUCUAUUUCAGGAUGUUGCGGAUCUGUGAUUAGUAGUUCGUCAUAAUCUGUGAUUUCUGGUUCACUGUUUUUGUUGUUUUCCAGUUGCUCAACUAUCUCCUCUGCCACAAGUUUUGCAUAGUCCAUGAAGUCAAAAUUUUCUGCCCCAUCUUCCGGUUCUGUAGCUUCAAUUGUAUGUUGUUGAUUUGUUGAGUCUUCUGUUGUUGUUGCAUUGUAUUCGAUCGGUUCGAAGGCGCUUGGGUUGUUGAUGACAUUCACACACAAUGGGUAUGUUGUGAAGUCGAGGUCCUUCAGUUUGAGUUGUAUGUAGAAAUGCAGGCUUUGAUCAUCCUUUAUCCUCAAUGGUUGGUAUCCUUCCUUCACUUGAUAUUUCAGUUGCAAAACAGUGAUUUCUUGGUUGCAUUCCAGGACAUCUUUCAUCUUCUGUUGUAAUUCUUCAUAGUUACAAUUGGCUGAAAUGUAAUGUCCACUAGCUUCAUAAUUUUCAUAAUUCAUUCGAUCAUCAAAUUGUCCAUUGCAGAAGACUAGGAAUGGAAUGUCUUUCUUUUCCUGUGAUUUUGAAAUGGUUAUUAGUGCAAGGCAACGAUUUUAAAACUGGUUUGAUUUUGUUAUGAAAUAGAGUACAAACUUACU